GACACGAGUUUUUGUCGCACUUGCAUCUGUACCCUGCGUUUUAUCCACUUCGCGGCGACGAUAUCGCGCCCCAGCGGAUCGUUCCUCCGGUUUUUCCCGGCGCGAGGAAAUUUGGUAUCGUGCGCGCGGUGCGACGCACGACGGGUCUCCCACGGAGAGCGACGUGUCGUCCCGUUCGCGGACUGUGGAUGGCACGAGACGUGGUUGCCGCCGGCUGUAGCUCGAGCUCAGUGACGAAUAGAUCUUGGUGACCGGAGUAUAUAUUCUCUCAGCUCAUGACUCUACUAACGCGACUGUUCUCUUCAUCUACCUGCGAUCGUUCGGGGACGAUUUUCGCGUGAUUCGGGAAGCAACGACACGACAGCACCAUGGCGUUCGCCGGACUCAAGAAGCAGAUCAACAAAGCGAAUCAGUAUAUGACGGAGAAAAUGGGCGGAGCGGAGGGUACGAAGCUCGAUGUCGAUUUCGUGGACAUGGAGAGGAAAACAGACGUCACGUACGAGCUCGUGGAGGAGCUACAGAUGAAGACGAAGGAGUUCCUCCAGCCAAACCCAACGGCAAGAGCGAAAAUGGCUGCGGUCAAGGGUAUCAGCAAGCUUAGCGGUCAGGCGAAGGCGUCCACCUACCCUCAGCCGGAAGGUGUACUUGGCGAUUGCAUGCUCCUUUACGGCAAGAAAAUGGGCGAGGACAGCAUUUUCGCCCAGGCUCUCAUUGAAAUGGGCGAAGCCAUGAAGCAGAUGGCGGACGUGAAGUAUUCGCUGGACGAUAACAUCAAGCAGAACUUCCUCGAGCCGCUGCAUCAUCUGCAAACUAAGGAUCUCAAAGAAGUGAUGCACCACCGGAAGAAACUGCAGGGCCGUAGGCUGGACUUCGAUUGCAAGCGAAGACGCCAGGCGAAAGGUUCUCACGUUUCAGACGACGAGAUUCGUCAAGCCGAGGAGAAGUUCGCGGAGAGCCUCCAUCUGGCACAAAUGGGCAUGUUCAAUUUGCUGGAGAACGACGUCGAACAAGUGGCACAAUUGGCAACUUUCAGCGAGGCUCUUCUCGAAUAUCAUCAACAAUGCACUGAGGUUCUCAGGGGGUUGACAGAAAUUCUCUUGGAAAAGAAAGAGGAGGCCGCAAAUAGACCAAAGCUGGAAUUUGUGCCGAAGACACUGGCGGAUCUGCACGUAGAAGGUGGAUUGACGACGGACCAUAUGAACGGUGGGAACUUCUCUCUUCACGGGGCAAGUCGGGCCGGCUCUCCGAUUCAUGCGGACGGGAAGCGCUCGCAGCUCGAGCUAUUUCCGGCCGGAAACCCGCCACAAUCUGCCAAUGCUUCACCUUUGCCCUCGCCGAGCAAAUCACCAGCGAGAACGCCGCUGAUGACACAGAGAACACCAUGCUGCACAGCCCUGUAUGACUUCGAACCCGAGAAUCCUGGUGAACUUGGAUUUAAGGAGAACGACACGAUCACCUUGACCCAGAAAAUCGAUGAGAAUUGGUAUGAGGGCAGUCUGGACGGCCGCACCGGUUACUUCCCCGUGACCUACGUGCAGGUCGUAGUGCCAUUACCCUAAGAGGACGCCGCGCAUCUCGAAGCCAAAGACCCUGCGUAUUCGUUCACUAGCGUCUACCAUUACAGGAUUACUCUGUUCUCCAGCUAGCCUAAAACCUAGACCUAGGCCCUUCAACGACUUUAUCUUACCUAUCUAUUGUCACUUACGUUGCGGUUACAUGCUUACGUCCAAGACACGAUCCCGAGUUUCUCUAGACCUUUCUGCCCGCCUUCUAAACCUCUUCCCCUUCUCCCCGCAAACCCGAGAAUAGACCUCUGUUACGCAUGUUAAUGUACAUAUAUAAUGUUAUAGUGUAUUUUAUCGACGUAAGGACCUUCGCGCGCGCAGACACACACACACACACACACACACACACACACACACACACACACACACACACACACACACACACACACACACACACACACACACACACACACACACACACACACACACACACACACACGAAUGCAUACCCAGGAAGUACGUACAAGUAGAUACAUGUAGACGUUAUUAUACAUAUAUAUAUAUAUAUAUAUACAGACACAAAUAAGCAAAUAUCUAUAUUAAUACGUAUACAUAUUAUAUGCACAUACGCAUAUACAAACACUCAGACACAAAUACCUACGAUAGCAGUUCACUGUCAAGGGCGGCUCUCUCAUCGUCUACUUUUCUAUAUUAUCUUCCGUCUCUUGUCGAGAUGCUUUCGGGAUAUUUUCAAUAUAGUUCGAGUGCACAAAGGAGAAAAUCGUGAGCCUAGCGUAAAUCGAUUUAUAGUGGAGCGCGCGAAUUUUCCGAUAGUUCCCUCUGGCAUUUAAUUAGUUUCGCCGCACCGAAAGUGUCGUUCCGGUAACGAGCCGAUAACUCGGCGCUCGUUUGUUCUGUUGCAAGCUAUACUUUGGUCAGGAUAUUAUGUAUUAUCGCUUAUGGAUUUCGCUUUGUGGACUUGGUGAGAUUACUCCAGCCGUUUGUUAAAUUCGUCGCUGAGGUAAGUGGAGGCUUUUAGCUCGAACAUUACCGCAUUGUCGAAAUUAGCGUUAAUUCUGGUUAGAUCUUUUCUAAACAUUAAUAUUAUUAAUAUUAAUAUUAAUUUAUUAAUACUAAUAAUAUAAUUAUGUUAAUAUUAUAUUAAUAUAUUUAUAAUGGUAUUAAUAUUAUUAUUAAUAUAAUUGUUAAUAUUAAAAAGAGAAACUAACUGGACUUGUUAAUCAAUACUAGAUUAUUCGAUGAAGUAAUGUCAAUUCAAACUAGAAGAGAAGUCAGUAAGCUUCCAAUAUAAAAGACACUAUUAAAUGAUCUAGAGAUUCUUCUAUAACUGUUGUACAUUUUUAAUUAUUAUAUAUUUAAUUGUUACAUGAGAGUGAAUUUUUAAUGCGGCUGGAGCAGUACUUGUCCCGUUCCACUUACUCGCUCUUAAUGCAAAGAAUACUUUGGCCACUAAGUCGCGUAAGUUUCUUCACGACUCUCAUUUACCAUGUUAAUUAAUUAAGAGCACUUUCCUUGCGAGAGUUCGAUCAUUCGACCGUGGCACAUGUUUUGCGUUGGUCCGCGCGGCACAGCAAACUCGUUACUCGUAUAAUGUACUCUUAUAAUAAUAAUAACAUUGUUAUCGCAAUUCGUGUUUCCAUUCCUAAGUCGAUCGACCGUUCUUUCGGCUGCUUACCGAUCUUUCUUCGUUUUUUCUCCCCUUUCUUUUUUAUUAAUUGCUAGAUGACUCUAGCUAUAGAAGAUAGGAUUUACUUUAAGCGAACCUCGAAAUGGCGGCAAAUCUCUUCCACGAAGUCAUUAUCUGUGAUUACUAUAGAUAAUUGCUGGCAUUAAUUGUGUCUAACAGUGACGAUAUAGUUUCGUUGUUAGAAAACUUCCGGGUCGGUGUUGAUGAUGAAGUAAAUAUAAUUUAAUGAAAGAUCGAUUUAUCGGAAACGUUCAGUCAACUAUCUUUUGUAUGCGCGCAUCUAUUUCUGAUUUAUUUUUAAUUGUAGAAAAAUAUACGCGUCGGUUAUCGAAAUAUCUUGCUGUGAUAGUUUCGGAAAGAAAAAUUAUUUCUGUGUCGAAAACACCAGACUACUUUAAAAGUUAUAGAAAAUAAUACAGCUUUUAAUUAAUAUUUAUAAUGUUUGAGUUUCAUUUUUUCAAAAUUUUUUUAAUCAACACACCCGAAACUUUUCCGAUACCCUUUACACAAUUUACGUCGUUUUAAAGGCAUUUUUAAUUAAUAAACCAGAGAGAGUGUAAAUAUCGUUUGUAUGUUUCGUAUAUAUACGUUUGAAAAACGGCCAGACAUAAUAGUUUUAAUUAAUUAUUAACUUUUGAUGUAGCAGCGCAAGAGUAUAAAACGAGAGUGUGGAAUAACAGACUUACCGUUUUUUGACCCGGAAUAUUUAUACAUUAAGUAUAUAUUUUACGCGAAUACCGGGAUACGAUUAUAUUUUCGUAGCGUUCCAACGUCAGAUUUCCUUUCCUCCCCUUCUGACUUUGUAUGAGAGUUCAACCGCCAGAACAAUGAAAGUAAUUAAGGAAAUUGGUUAUUUGUUGCCACGUGGAUUUUAGGUAAAUCUUCAAGCGAGAUAUUUGCUAAGCAUAAUAUAAUGACACUAGAGUAUAUUACUUACACGUAUACAUAUUGUCGAUAAAGAGGCGACGGCGAAAAAACCCGACCGCGUUAUAUCUCUUCAUUAUCAUUGUUCAUAUAUCUAUAUAUAUUUUAUUGUCAUUAUUAUAUCAUUGUAAUCGCCGUACUGGCGAAACUGGUUCUUGAUUACAUAUAUACAUUGAAUUCAGAAUGGGAUUCUAUUAAAUCGAAGGACUUUAAGACUCGGGACAUUUUCCGAAUUGAGUGUGCCGUUACUUAGGAUAAGGCGGAGAUACGCAGAAGACGUAGGCUAAUCUGAUUUCGUAGCUUUUAGCUUUUCCCAGAUAAUUUUGUGCCGUUUAAUUACUUUCUGAGCGAUAACGGUAAGAUUCGCUAAAUAGAUCAUAGAGCUAAAGAAUUUUUAAGAGAAUUAUAGAAUUUUCGUACGUGUAGUGUAGCGCUAUGUAAAGGAAGACGAAUGGCUUAAAAUAGUGAUAAUCUCUUUACAUUCCGUUGGAAUUAGAGUACAGUAUAUACAAGUAUUAAUAAAGUGACGUAGCUGUAGUAGAAAUACAGUCAAAUCGGAGAAUGUUCUUUGUCCCGCAGAGAGCGAUACGCCGAUAAUUUAGAAGACACGUUCGUUCAUGAUUGAAACAUAAUUAAUAUUUACGAUCGCUAUAACGAUUAACAAUACCACCGAUGUUAUCACUUGCUGCUGUCACCGUCGCCAGUUAAGUCCUUACUCGGGACGGACGACAAGUAAUAAACGGAGGACAAGUCGUGGAACGUGGAAAAAAAGAAAAGAAAAGGUCCGCAUGCAAAUUUUACCUACUACUAUUAAUCGCUGUGAGAUAAAAACGAAAUCCCUUUCGGAACUCGAAGUGUUAUCGAUGUUGUGCAAUAUUAAGAGUUUAACAUCACGGUGUUUAGCCGGUGGGGGCCAUUGCUGGAUCAGUGUUUCUCAAAACAUUGCGACAAGAUUUGGGAAAUGGAAGGGAGGGGCGGCAAGAUGGAACGAAAAUGAAGGGCAAUUUGUUUUGGAUUGGACUAAUAAUAAAAAUAUUUCUGCUAAUUGAUAGUGCGAAGAGCAAUUUGUAAUCUGCCAGAAAUUUAUUAAUUUUCUUCUCUUGUGUAAAAAGUGACGCAAAUCAUGUUGCACUCUCCCGUCACUUUCGUUCCAUAUCGUCCGAUGCGAAGCGAAAAAUCCCCAUUGAACGAACGUGAACAUCGUUCGGUAACGACAAUUUUCGCUUUCGGUUAUUCGCAUGGUAUACUAAUACUUGAUGCGUCCUUGCGAUGGAAUUACUUUUUGCAAGAUUUUUAAAGUUUUCGCGAAACUGAAUCUAAGAUAUAUAUAAACGAACAUGCCUCGAAAUUAUUGUUCAACAUACUUUGAUGGGCCUAAAAUAAUUCUUGCAUUGAAAUAUUGAUGAUGUAAUAACGCGCAAAGCGGUGAUGAUAAAAUUAAGAAUUAAUUUACAUUUUGAAUAGAUAAUGUUUAAUUUUUAAUAAAAUUUGCACUAUAUAUGACAGAUUUUUAUUUAAUAUAUAGAAGAUAAAGAAUUGCUUAUUAUAUUUCUGAUGCGAAUAACCGAAAAUUGAAAGAAGCGACCCCUCACAGCUCGAUCGUAGUGGGAUUAUGCUUUUUGUCAAUAUAACUGAUGAGAGACUGGUGAAGCUUUGUCAAUUAGAAUGAUAGCAAUAAAACGCUGAUUAUCUCGUACGGAGAGUGCAGGGGCGGAUGAUGAUUUAGGGUCCGAAGUUAAUAAUUUUUAGAACCCCAGUGCACGACCAUAAUGAAAA